CACAUGGCGACGCUCUGGAAGAAGCUGUUGGCGCCGGGGAGGACCCCGGCGGCCUGGGGCCGCCCCCUGGGGCGGCGCGAGGUCAGCCGGGGCGCCGAUCCCGGGGCUGCGGUGCGAGUGCGGUUUGCCCCCAGCCCCACAGGCUUCCUGCACCUGGGUGGCCUCCGCACCGCCCUGUACAACUACAUCUUUGCCAAGAAGCACCAGGGGCACUUCAUCCUGCGGCUGGAGGACACGGACCAGACCCGCCUCGUGCCUGGGGCAGCUGACAACAUCGAGGACAUGCUGGAGUGGGCGGGUAUCUCUCCUGAUGAGAGCCCCCGCCAGGGCGGUCCUGCCGGGCCCUACCAGCAGUCCCAGCGCCUGCAGCUGUACGCCCAGGCCGCAGAAGCACUGCUGAAGACGGGGGCUGCCUACCGCUGCUUCUGCUCGCCCCAGCGGCUGGAGCUGCUGAAGAAGGAGGCCCUGCGGAACCGCCAGACGCCCCGGUACGACAAUCGGUGCCGGGACCUGAGCCAGGGCCAGGUGGCCCAGAAGCUGGCCAAGGACCCCACACCUGCCAUUCGCUUCCGCCUGGAAGAGGAGGCACCAGCCUUCCAGGACCUGGUAUAUGGCUGGACUCGGCAUGAAGUGGCCAGUGUGGAGGGAGACCCGGUCAUCCUGAAGAGUGACGGCUUCCCCACCUACCACCUGGCCUGCGUGGUGGAUGACCACCACAUGGGCAUCAGCCACGUGCUACGGGGCUCCGAGUGGCUCGUGUCCACCUCCAAGCACCUGCUGCUCUACCGGGCCCUGGGCUGGCAGCCGCCUCGCUUUGCCCACCUGCCACUCCUGCUCAACAAGGAUGGCAGCAAGUUGUCCAAGAGGCAGGGAGACAUCUUCCUGGAGCACUUUGCGGCUGCUGGCUUCCUGCCCGAGGCCCUGCUCGACAUCAUCACCAACUGUGGCUCGGGGUUUGCAGAGAACCAGAUGGGCAGGACCCUGCCGGAGCUGAUAGCACAGUUCGACCUGAGCCGGAUCACCUGCCACUCGGCCCUGCUGGACCUGGAGAAGCUCCCGGAAUUCAACAGACUGCACCUCCGGCGCCUGGUGAGCGAUGAGACCCACAGGCACCAGCUGGUGGGGAAGCUGCAGGCCCUUGUGGAGGAGGCCUUCGGGAGCCAGCUGCAAGAUAGGCACGUGCUUGAGCCGGCGUACGUGGAGCGGAUCAUCCUGCUGAGACAGGGUCACAUCUGCCGCCUGCAGGAGCUCGUCUCCCCCACCUACUCCUACCUGUGGACACGUCCGACUGUGGGCCGAGCGCAGCUGGGGGCCAUCUCGGAGAAGGUGGACACGAUUGCCAAGCGCGUGCUGGGGCUUUUGGAAAGAUCUGGUACAAGCUUAACUCAGGAUGUGCUGAGUGGAGAACUGAAGAAGCUGUCGGAAGGUCUGGAAGGCACCAAGCACAGUAACGUGAUGAAGCUCCUGCGGGUGGCCCUCAGCGGACAGCCGCAAGGACCCCCUGUAGCCGAGAUGAUGAUGUCCUUGGGACCAGAGGAAGUCCGAGAACGAAUCCAGAACGUGCUGUCCAGCUAGGAGGAGCUGUGCGCGACAGUGGGUGUGGCCUGUGGAGGAGCGGAGGCUGCCGGGGCCCUCCAGGGACCGGGUGGAAGGAACCAGGAGUAGAAGCAGGCUCUCUGGCUGCACGCAAGUGUGUUUGUGACUCCGUGGCGUUUGGCCAGGGGAAGCCUGGCUCAUCUCACCACCUUGGCUCUGGAAAGGAAGUCUCUGUGGCUGGGAUUUGAAGCCACAGUACAGAGUGGAGGUUAGGAGUUGGGUCCCAUAAAUGUCAGCAUGGUGAACCUGUCCAGAGGGCUUGGCUGCUGUAACAAAAUACCUGGGAAGUAGGGGGCUUAAACAACACCCACUCACUUUCUCACAGUCUGGACGCUGGAAGUGCAAGACGGUGGUGUGCGCAGGGUUGGCUUCUCCCCAGACCUCCCCUGUGGGGUUGAGGAUGGCUGUCCUCUCGCUGUGUCCCUCCUCCUCUGAUUGCUCUGUAUGCGUCCCAGUCUCUUACAAGGACGCCAGAUUAGAUUAGAUCAGGACCACCCAGCAGCCUCCUCUUAUCUUGAUGGUCACACUCUGUGGUACUGGUGGUUGGCGCUUUGACAUAAGGAUUGGGCUGGGAGGAAGGGAGGACACAGUUCAGUCCAUCACAGCUCAACUGGACUCCUGGAUUCCCAUUCCGAGGCCAGUUUGGACUGGGCGCAGUAAAGGACAGUUGACCCAAGCAGGGCUGACCUGGACAUCAGACUCUCCGGGGGUGUAACGGGAGAAGCUUGCUCCUUUACCCAGGGUAAGCUCUCCUGUCUCCUGCUAUGCUUUGUCCUUGGACCUUGGGGUGGCCUGGGGCUUCGUUGCCCAAAGGUCAUCUGUUCCUCUUUUCCAGUCCUCCAGACGUCCUUGGGCUGGAGACCUUCACCCUGCCUGUUUUGAGUCUUUCUAUCCACCCCUUCCUCCUGCCAUCACUUGUAAGUUAUUGGCUGCAGGCCUCUGGAGUGAAGCGUUCUUGGAGUCUUGGGCAAAUGGGGACACCCAAAGUGAGAGAAGGAUGGUGGCUGGCCACAGAAACCCUUUAAGGCUGCGGGCUUUCCCUGGGUGCCAGCCGGCCUCUCAGGUGAUCCCUGCCUCCCAGGAUUCACAGCGUGUGGUUCCCUCCCACGGGGGCAGAGCCAGCUUGUGUGACCAGCAGGCUCCUGGGAAGAUGGUAGAACUUGAUUCCUGAGCCUGGUUCAUAAACCACCUCAUGGCUUCCAUCUUGUUCUCUUGGAUCUGGUGCCUUGGGGGUCCCGAAGACACUUGAGGAGCCCCGUGUAGAGGCCCCAGUGACAAGGGAUGGGGCCUCUUGUCAACAGCCAUGUGAGUGCAGCAUCUUGGAAGCCAUCUCCCAGGCCCCACCAGGCCUUCAGAGCACUGCAUUCCUGGCUGACAUCUACCACGACCUCCCUGAGACCCUGAGCCAGCACCACGCAAUGAUGCUACUCCGGAGCUUCAGACACACGGAUUGUGAGAUAGUGAACGGUGGAUUUGGAGUAAUUUGCUACCCAGCGAUCGGUAACUAACAGACUGCCCUUGCCCUGGGAGUAAGGGAGCAGGAAUCAAAAGUUGGUUGAGUCUUAGAGUCCUAGUCUUUGCCUUACAAGGACACUGGUUAAAGUUCUGUGACUGCAAACAAUAGAAACCAACCGUGCAUGAAGUUGAAUGGAAAGUUCACGAAAGCCUAAGACUGGAAAACCGGAAGAACCAGGUCUUGAAACAGCCAGGAAGCAGGCAGCAGGACGAAGGGCCUGUCUCGUCUGAGCGCUCAUGGGAACACGUGAACUCCAGUUUUCCUUGUUAAUUCUCUGUGUGUGUCCCUUCGGCUCUGGAUGAAUCAGCUGAAGAUCGUGAUUCUAAGGGGAGGGAGGGCCUGUGGUUGGCUGAGGUGCCCGCGCCAGGCCUCAGCCAGGAAGAGGUAGCCUCGGUUUGUAUCCAGUGGAGAAGUGACGCCCAAGGGAAACGGGGGGGCUUUUUCCAGAAAAAAGGGCAAUGGCAGGAAGAGCUGGCGUUGACUACAGGGAGAACAAGGAGCAACAGAACUUGGGAGUUUGCGCUUCCCUGAGCCUCAGCCGAUUGUAGGGUUCAGCGCCAUAAAUGCUUCAGGCUGUCCUCUCUUCAGAUCUCAGAAACCCAUGAAAAAGAUGGGAUUUGGUUUAGUUUUAAUUUUAAAUGAAGCCAGGCCAGGAUUUCUAUUCACGCCUGUGAUAAUCUGGAGUCCAUGCUCAACUCUGACUACUCGGUGGCAUCCGAGCCUCUGCUUUGAAAACACUCAUGAAGAAUGUUUACUUCUGGGCUGGCGCCGUGGCUCACUAGGCUAAUCCUCCGCCUUGCAGCGCCGGCACACCGGGUUCUAGUCCCAGUCGGGGCACUGGAUUCUGUCCCGGUUGCCCCUCUUCCAGGCCAGCUCUCUGCUGUGGCCCGGGAGUGGAGUGGAGGAUGGCCCAAGUGCUUGGGCCUUGCACCCCGUGGGAAACCAGGAUAAGCACCUGGCUCCUGCCUUCGGAUCAGUGCAGUGCGGUGCACCGGCCGCACUUCUGGUUUGCAAUCAGGGAACAUGAAAUAUAAAGAUGUAUUUUAUUUAUUUGAAAGAGUUACAGAGAGAAUCAGAGGCAGAAAGAUAAAGGUCUUCCAUUCACUGGUUCACUCCCCAAAUGUCCAUAAGGGCCAGGAGACCCAGACUGAGUUCCAAGCUCUUGGCCUGGCCCAACCCCGGCUAUUGUGGGCGCUUGGGGAUUCAACUAGCAGAUGGGUGUGUGUGUGUCUCUUCCCCACUUCAAAUUAAAUAAAUAUUUUUUUAAGUGCCACAUUGAUUCUGACACAUGCUACAACAUGAAUGAACCUUAGGGACUUUAUGCGAAGUGAAAAGUUGGUGACAAAAGUACAAACACUGUGUGAUUCUAUUUAUAUGCAUUACUUAGAAUAGUAAUAGUAGAUACAGGAAACAGAAUGGUGGUUUCCAAGGUCCAAGGGCAGGGCUGCUUACUGCGUAAUGGGUGCAGAGUUUCAGUAUUACAGGGUGGAAAGAGUCCUGGAGCUGGAUGGGGGUGGUGGGUGCUCAGCACCCAUAAUGCGUUCGGCACCUUGGAACUGAUCGAUGAAAAAUGGUUCAGGUGGCAGAUUUUAUGUUUGGGUUUUUUUUUUUUUUUUUUUUUUUUU